CGCCAUUCCAUUUCGCAUAGCGCUUUAUCGAUCGGGAAAAUGCUUCCAUGCCAGACUGCGAGAUAUGUCAAAAGCCUUUCCUUCGCGUGAAGCAUCUCAAGCGCCACCAAUUGAGCCACAGAGCCGGUCGGUCAUUUUCGUGCCGGGUGUGCUCAAAGGCUUUCGCGAGAAAGGAUGCUCUGCAAAGACACGAAUUGAUUCAUCGGGACUCUAACACAUUGGUGCAAACGAAAGGACGAGCAUGCGCCGCCUGUGCCUCUGCAAAAACCAGAUGCACCGGCACUCUGCCAUGCCAGAGGUGCGCGGACAAGAAUGUUGAGUGCACAUACGCAUCAACCCGAUCAUCGGAAUUAGUCAUGGAACCACCGAUGCCGAUGGAUAUCUCCACCGCUGCCGAAGACAGCACUGAUGGGCUGCAAGAACAGCCUGCCAUUCUGGAUGGACCAUCUGAAGACCAUUCUCAGCCAUCAGCCGCAUUGGAGCACCCUGGAAUCUUUGACCAACACUCACUCAAUGACGGCCCCCAAAUUGAGACCCAUCAAGUGGAACCUCAGAAUCAUAUCCAAACGCUACAAAAUCGUCCUGGCGUGCAGAAUAUUCAAGAAAUUGAGACACCAGAUCUGCUCAAUGCGAAUCGAGAUGCCCCGAGUAUGCCCCCAAAUUCGUUUCUUCCUGCACAUUAUGGCGUUACAUUCGAUCAAAUUGACUGGGAACCUGCUCCCCUGUCGACUAUCAAUUGGCUACAAUUGGACGCUCCCACAUCCGAAUUUGCCCCCAUGAGCGACUUCUUCCCAAUUGCGACUGCUGGAGAUGCCUUCUCUUCACCUGGUUCAUGGAAUUACUCGGUUGCUUCACCCGUCAUCACGGAUGGUUCUCAGCAAGCACGCGGUAUCGAGCCGAGCGUAAAUGGACAACGAGAAUCUUUCGACCGGCAUCAGCCUUCGAAUGGUACAUUCAUCGAGGAAGAAGCUGAAAGUGGCCCAUACUAUGUCGACAACGACAAGGCAAGACGGACUCGUCUCAAGAGACGGAGGUUGAUGACCUUUGCAUCUUCUACAAACACAUCCGAAUUAACCUUUUCAUCCUCUAAAGACAUAUCUUUCGGACAUAUUGAUAACAACGAAUAUCACAUGGACGAACGACAGUAUAAACGAAUUGCAACACUCUUCGAUACGUUAUGUGUGAGCACCUCGUUUUUCCGGGCGUUCUCCACGCCUGAUUUCCCAUCUCGUGAAAUCUUCCACCGUCUGAUUCAAAGCUACUUCGAUUCCGUCCACCAGGUGUUGCCUUUUCUACACAGACCAACCUUCUGUGGACGCGAGCGUCAUUUCGCGCUUCUCCUCGCCAUGGCAGCCUUGGGUGCUCGAUUCGUGGAACAAGAAGCCGCAUUUUCACUGGCAUACCCCUUGACCGAACUAUUGAGAAGAAUCCUUGUUUAUAUUGGCGAGGAUCAAGAGAGAAUGAUCCCGUCCGAUUACGAAAUGGGACAAAUCCGACUACUCCAUUCCAUUUCCGUCAGGUAUACGCGAGAAGGUCAACUGCACCGAGAUUCUAUGGCUUCACUCCAAGCAUGCACGUCUGUCUUCGACGCCAUUCUCGACCGGCGUACAAAGAACCGCACCUCACCUCAAAGCCAGGUCGAAUGGCUUUCCUGGGUACGACAAGAAGAGCUGGAAAGGACGAUAUUCUGCAUCUGGUUAACCGACUGCAUGGUGGCCUCACAAACUGGCAUGCAGCCUAUGCUCAGGCUCUCCGCAAUCGUAGACCUCCAGCUACCCUGUAUCGAAUCCAUGUGGCCGACCGAAUCGUGGGAGUCGUGGGAAGCCGCUAAGAAAGCCAGCGCCCCUGCAUCUCCCACCGUUGAAAGUGCACUACAAUGCAUGUACAUCGAGAAGCAGCUCCCUCCAAACCUCGGAGAAUUUUCCCGCAUAGUCAUCAUCCACUGCCUAUACCAACGAACCUGGGAAGUCCGCGAAUACUUCCAACAGCGGCUGUCCCACUUCGAACCAUCCGCACAACGCCAAUCAACCGCCGACGUGCCCUCCCCCCUCCCAGUCUGGCACCCGAACAUGGAAUCCUUCAACAAAUGGCGCAAUGCCGCCCUCGACUGCGUCGACAUGCUCCACUGGAACGCCAACGCGCUCAUCAGCCUCGCCCAAGGCCUCGAACACCCCACAGUCCUGCACCUCCACUUCUCCCGCCUCGUCCUCCUCUGCCCCGUCCGCCAAGUCCUCCGCCUCGCCAAAUUCCUCGCCCUGACCGGCGAGAAACGCACAUCCUCGACCCCGUCCCUCGAGGAGGCUGAAAGCGACCUCCGCAUGCUGCAGCAGUGGGUCGUGCAAGACCAAUACAAAGCCCGCCUGGCCACCGUACACGCUGGCUCAAUCUUCUGGCACUUCCGACGCUACCCCACCGGCGCGUUCUACGAGCCUGAAUGCGUCGCUCUGGCCACGUUGGUGCUAUGGGCACACAGCAAGUUCUACGUCCGCAGCCGACGCAGCUCCACGAAUGGCGUCGAUCACGCGAGCCCUGCGCAUCUGAAAGUGGACUGCGAUAUCAUUCUCCUCGAUCGCCCUACGGAUGACGAGCUUGUGCAGCACUAUGUGAGAGAGGGAGAUAAGAUGCAUGCGAACAUGAAAGGCGUGGGUGAUCUUUUCGGGCCGCAGGGUGCGCUGAGAGUGUUGGGGCAGGGGAGGAUGCUCCUGGGGACGAUUGGGGCUUGGCAGGAGGCGAGGAUUUAUUGGGUGGAGUUUUUGGUCAAGCUUGAGCGUGCUCAUGCUGGGAGUAAGGAUAUAGCAAGGUAGUGAAUUCACCAGUAGAGAGGGUUGUUGACACGUUGGGCCGCCCACCUCCUUGUAUUAUGUAUACUUUAACCUUAAUUAGCUGCAUUAUUGCAAACAAAAGACUAUGGAUGCACGUGUUAUUUCUUGUGUCUCCUAAAAGGAC